UGGGAGAAUUAUCUACUGGUUCCUUUACAAAUUGGAAACGAUUUAGUCUUAAUUUUACUAUUAAGUCAUUCACCAAAUUGGAAAAGAACGUCAGUGAAGUUAAAUAAAAUUCAUUUCGUUCGGAUGCCUGCUCACGCAAAACAGAAAUGUUUAAGUUUUGUCUGUCUUACUCAUAAUUUCGGUUAUCACAUCAUGCAACUUCAGCUGUAACAGUCAAGAUAUUUGUUCAUGCAAUCUAGUGUGAUCUGGUUUUGAAGAUCAGGAAAUAUGAGAUUACAGGACUUAACAAAAAUAGUCUAAUUUUAAUAUUACAUUGUCGCGGAGAAGCAGGGACUACAAAAUAGGGUUGCAUAUCAAAAUUAUAGACUAGAGUGGUUUGGAUUUGAUUUGGAUUUUGGAAACGUUCUUUUGACUUUACAAGGAUGUACUGGAUAAAUGUGAUAGCGGUUAUUUCUGGGAUAACAUGCGUUUCUAGCCACACAAACUAUGGUGAUCGUAUACCUAAUGGUUACAGAGUGCCACACCCUUGUGGUGGUGGACAAACAUGGGAGGGAGUAGGUCAUCAUUAUCCCGGUGGAGCGAGGGGGACCGGCGGUAUCAGAAACCGGUUUGGCAUCGACUUUAAACUUGCUGGUCUGAUGUGGACUCAUGAGUUAUGCAGAAAAGAUUCCGAUAUGGACGGAUUGACAAACGGCGAAGAAUUAGGAGACCCUAACUGUAACUGGAAACAAGGAGAUGUUCCUGAAAUGGAAGCCAAGUCACAUCCAGGUAUAUGUGAGCCUAUUGACAGUGUGAAAUGUCAAGAGCACAACGAACGCUUUGGUGAUCGACUUGACUGCGCGAAGGUGACAAAACAUUGUCCAGCAUUGUCCGAACCAGGAAUGAAAAGCAAAGACCUACGUUUUCCUUUGACCCCUAUCCCCGGUACAGAAACCGUCUACAAGUGCAUGGCGUACGACCUGCCGACAGACGGGGACUUUCAUUUGGCGUCGACCACACCCAUCAUUAACAACACAGAUAUAGUACAUCAUAUGAUAUUGUUCGGCUGUGACUUUCCAGAAAAUUUCAACAAAACAGUUCUAUAUAGGAUGAAAGCCGCACCGUAUACUUGCGAAAUGACGCCACAUAAAUACUGCAAUCAUUUUCUGGGCACAUGGACAUAUGGUCAUCCAGGGGAUUGCUGGUCAAAAGAAGCUGGUUUCCGGAUUGGCCGCUAUGGUACAAAAGUUGCAGCCCUACAGAUUCAUUGGAAUAAUCCACGAAAAUUGCUCGGCCAGAAGGAUAGCUCCGGUAUGACUAUUCAUUACACGGGCACACGGAGACCCAACGAUGCAUCAAUGUUUAUUCUUGGCCAGGAAUAUCUAGAGAUACCUCCUCGCUCCAACGGUGUAACCUUCAGCUCAGUAUGUCCAUCGGAGUGCACGAGGGAAAUGUUCCAAGAGAAAAUAUACAUAACACGUGCAGCCAAUCACAUGCACUAUUACGGUAAGAAACAACGCAUUAGCAUCUAUAGGAAUGGUACAAAAAUCCGGGAUCUAACAGAUGAAGACAAUUAUAACUACGAUCAUCCCAUUUUUCAUCAUUUCAAUCCGCCGGUCGAGGUGCUGCCAGGUGACGAUAUUGUGACAGAAUGUACGUAUGCCUCUGACAAGGUGAAAACAAUAAAGUUCGGUGCUGGAACAAGUGACGAAAUGUGCUAUGGAUUUUUAACGUACUAUCCAAGACAAAACUUUCUACAGACUUUAUGCAUUCAGUGGAAAAGUGUGCAACGUUGUGUACGAAAAUUACCAAAAUUUAAAGGAAUCUAUAAUGGUUGUGAGUGGCGUAGUUUCACGGAGGGUUCAAAUAAGGCUGUUAUUUCUCAGGCGUUUUCUAAUGACACAUGUGGAUAUUAUCAUCAUCAUAAAAUAUGCAGUUCUAAUUGUACAGACUUUUCUCAGAAAAUUUUACAACAUCCAUGCCUCCAGGGGGACCUCGGUGAUUUUAUAGGAAAGCGCACAAAGAUGCCUAUCGACAUUCUUCGUUCUUGUGCCGAAAGUAGUGCCGAAAGUAGUGCGAACAGAGUAACGUUUGAAGCUGUCGCUUUCGCUAGUUUAGUUAUCUGUUAUUUGCAUAUACAAAAUUUGUAUAGAACCUAGUCACAGAAUUGAUUUCCUGAUUGUAAACUAGUGUGUAUAUGUGAACCACGACUGUCUUCCAUAUUGGAAGUACCUUUUUCUAAUUUGUUUUAUUUUAAAUUGACUGCGCUAACAAUAAUCAGGAAUCGUUUUCAAGACAAUUACAUCGGAGGUCCAGCGUAGAUUUAUCCUUCUAAACAAGUCGGCCUGUACUUAACAUAUUUUUCGCAAGAAUAUACAUGUAAGAUCAUAUCUUAAAUAUGGUGGCAGCUGAUAGGAGUAUAACUUUGGUAAAUAUGAGCAUGAUGACAGGAGAUUACAGGACAUGGAACAUAUUUCAUCGUUUGAGGUGUACUGACCGUCAGCAGUUAACAGCCUACAUAAAAGGAUAGUAUGCUGUGUUAUUGUAUUAUCAUAGUUUAUGUAUGAUCCUUAGCAACAAACAAUGCUAACCUCUUACUAAGAAUAGCAUUUGAACUGCCAGAGGUACCAAGGACAUUAUGGAAAGUUUAUCAAAUGUCUGUGACGAGGGAUUUUUCUAUAAUACAAUAUAGUGUUAACUAGAAACUACAUUGUAAACAUUGAGUACUCAGGACUACACACGAUUUUUUUGUACAAAUAUACAUUUUACAUUCUCUGUGAAAUACUCGAAGAAAGUCUAUGACUCGUGCUUAUAUUUUUGUAUGAACUUAUUUUAAGUAAACAACCAUAUUACCUUGUGAUCUGACUUUGACUGCAAUUUAAGUACACGAUAGGAAAGAAAUAAAAAUUAAGCUUUAAUUGCACAAUUAUGUUAUUGCCAGAGGAUAUUCGAAAAUAGCAGACAGUUUCUUAGAA